AUGGAGUAAUUUUAAAAUGCAUAUAAAGAGUUGGGAAAAAUGGUCAAAAUGAGUACCUUUUACCAGGCAUAGAAGAAAGAAUAAAAAAAUAAUGGAAAGCAAUAAAAGAUAAGUCAGAAAUCAAAGAAAAUUAAAGAAGCUCCAUUAGCAUCCAGAGAAGAGUUGAUGCAAAAACUAAAAAACAAGAUAGAUUCAUUGAAAGCUGACAGAACUACAAAGAAAGAUUACGUACCCCUUAGAAAACAACGAUAAUAAUAAAAAAAAUGA